GUUGUCAAACAUGGCUGAAGCGCCGCUGCUACCGCUACAGCCGCUCAAGGGAAAAUGCUGAGCUCGCCCGGGCCAGGUGGGCGGCGGCGGCGAGGGCGGCGACGGGAAUCCGCUUCCCGGGCGCGGCGGCGGCGGUCAUGGCUCGGCUGGCCGACUACUUCAUUGUGGUAGGCUACGACCACGAGAAGCCAGGGCCAGGAGGAGGUCUGGGGAAGAUAAUUCAGAGAUUCCCACAGCAGGACUGGGAUGACACGCCUUUCCCACAGGGAAUUGAAUUGUUUUGUCAGCCUGGUGGAUGGCAUCUGUCCAGAGAGCGGAAACAGCCAACAUUCUUUGUGGUGGUCCUAACGGACAUCGACUCAGAUCGACAUUACUGCUCAUGCCUAACCUUCUACGAGGCAGAGAUCAAUCUCCAGGGAACAAAGAAGGAAGAUAUUGAAGGUGAAGAAGUGUCUGCUUUAAUUCAACCUGCAGAAGUAUUUGCUCCCAAAAGCCUCGUCUUAGUAUCCAGAUUAGACUACCCAGAAAUUUUUAGGGCUUGCUUGGGUUUGAUCUAUACAGUGUACGUGGACAGCCUGAGUGUCUCUUUGGAAAGUCUCAUUGCAAAUCUUUGUGCUUGCCUUGUCCCAGCUGCUGGAGGAUCUCAGAAGCUAUUUUCCUUGGGUGCAGGAGACAGACAGCUGAUCCAGACUCCUUUACAUGACAGUCUUCCUGUCACAGGCACUAGUGUGGCUCUUUUAUUUCAGCAAUUAGGAAUUCAAAAUGUCCUCAACCUCUUUUGUGCAGUCCUUACAGAAAAUAAAGUUCUCUUCCAUUCAGCAAGUUUCCAGAGACUUAGUGAUGCCUGUCGAGCCCUGGAGUCUUUAAUGUUUCCUCUUAAAUACAGUUACCCUUACAUUCCCAUUCUUCCGGCUCAGCUGCUAGAAGUUUUGAGUUCUCCAACUCCUUUCAUAAUUGGCGUACACUCCAUCUUUAAGACUGAUAUUCAUGAACUUUUAGAUGUAAUCAUAGCAGAUUUGGAUGGAGGCACUAUUAAAAUUCCUGAAUGCAUUCACCUCUCCUCUCUCCCGGAACCACUUCUUCAUCAGACUCAAGCAGCACUUUCAUUGAUUUUGCACCCUGAUCUGGAAGUAGCAGAUCAUGCUUUCCCUCCUCCACGAACAGCGUUAUCCCAUUCAAAAAUGCUGGAUAAAGAAGUACGAGCAGUUUUCCUUAGGUUGUUUGCACAACUGUUCCAAGGAUAUAGGUCAUGCCUCCAGCUUAUACGAAUCCAUGCUGAGCCUGUGAUACAUUUCCACAAAACAGCUUUCUUGGGGCAGCGUGGUUUGGUUGAGAAUGAUUUCCUCACUAAAGUGCUCAAUGGAAUGGCAUUUGCAGGUUUUGUUUCAGAAAGGGGACCUCCAUUUAGAGCCUGUGAUCUCUUUGAUGAGUUGGUAGCUUUUGAAGUAGAGAGAAUUAAAGUUGAAGAAAACAACCCAAUGAAGAUGAUAAAGCACAUCAGAGAACUUGCUGAGCAGCUAUUCAAAAAUGAGAAUCCAAACCCUCAUAUGGCAUUCCAGAAAGUUCCACGCCCAACAGAAGGAUCCCACUUGAGAGUUCAUAUUCUUCCUUUCCCGAAGAUUAAUGAAGCCCGGGUUCAGGAACUAAUGCAAGAAAAUCUUGCUAAGAACCAGAAUGCACCUCCUGCCACACGAAUAGAAAAGAAAUGUGUGGUGCCAGCAGGUCCACCUGUUGUUUCGAUAAUGGAUAAAGUGAUAACAGUUUUCAAUAGUGCACAGAGACUGGAAGUUGUUAGAAACUGCAUCUCAUUCAUAUUUGAAAAUAAAACUUUGGAGACUGAGAAGACCCUUCCUGCUGCCUUGAGGGCCCUUAAAGGAAAAGCAGCAAGACAGUGUCUCACUGAGGAAUUGGGUUUGCAUGUCCAGCAGAACCGGGCAAUAUUGGAUCAUCAGCAGUUUGACUACAUAAUAAGGAUGAUGAAUUGUACUCUGCAGGAUUGUUCAAGUUUAGAGGAAUAUAACAUUGCUGCAGCACUACUCCCUCUGACCAGUGCUUUCUAUAGGAAACUUGCCCCUGGAGUCAGCCAGUUUGCCUACACCUGUGUUCAAGACCACCCCAUUUGGACAAAUCAGCAGUUCUGGGAGACAACUUUUUACAGUGCAGUACAGGAGCAGGUUCGCUCCCUGUAUCUCACAGCAAAGGAGGACAAUCAUGCCCCACAUCUGAAGCAGAAGCUUCCCAAUGGCCAACAUCAAGAGAAGACAGCAAUGGACUUGGCAGCCGAGCAGCUUCGCCUUUGGCCUACUCUGAGCAAGUCAACUCAGCAGGAGCUGGUACAACAUGAAGAAAGCACUGUCUUCAGUCAAGCCAUUCACUUUGCAAACCUAAUGGUUAACCUGCUAGUCCCACUAGACACAAGUAAAAACAAGCUCCUUCGAGCAUCAGCUCCAGGAGACUGGGAAAGUGGGAGCAACAGCAUUGUCACAAACAGUAUUGCAGGAAGUGUAGCCGAGAGCUAUGAUACAGAGAGUGGGUUUGAAGACUCAGAAAAUAAUGAUGUUGCCAACUCCGUUGUAAGGUUCAUUGCCCGAUUUAUUGACAAGGUUUGCACAGAGAGUGGAGUGACUCAGGACCACAUCAGGAGUCUCCACUGCAUGAUACCAGGAAUUGUAGCUAUGCACAUUGAGACCCUAGAGGCAGUGCACCGAGAGAGUAGAAGACUUCCACCUAUCCAGAAGCCCAAGAUUCUUCGGCCAGCUCUCCUGCCGGGAGAAGAGAUUAUAUGUGAAGGUCUCCGGGUCCUGCUAGACCCUGAUGGUCGGGAAGAGGCCACGGGAGGUCUCCUCGGAGGUCCGCAGCUCCUGCCUGCAGAAGGCGCCUUGUUCCUCACCACAUACAGAAUUCUCUUCAGAGGGACUCCACAUGAUCAGCUAGUUGGUGAACAAACAGUUGUGCGGAGUUUUCCCAUUGCCUCCAUCACCAAGGAGAAGAAGAUAACCAUGCAGAACCAACUACAGCAGAACAUGCAAGAAGGGCUGCAGAUUACAUCAGCAUCUUUCCAGUUGAUUAAGGUAGCAUUUGAUGAAGAAGUCAGUCCAGAAGUGGUAGACAUCUUUAAGAAACAGCUAAUGAAGUUCCGUUAUCCUCAGUCCAUUUUUAGUACCUUUGCUUUUGCUGCUGGACAGACUACUCCACAAAUCAUUUUACCCAAGCAGAAAGAAAAGAACACAUCCUUCCGAACUUUCUCAAAAACAAUUGUAAAGGGUGCCAAAAAAGCAGGAAAAAUGACAAUUGGGAGACAGUAUUUAUUGAAAAAGAGGACAGGAACGAUUGUGGAAGAGAGAGUAAAUCGUCCUGGGUGGAAUGAAGAAGAUGACAUUUCUGUUUCAGAUGAUAGUGAACUUCCAACAAGUACAACCCUGAAGGCCUCAGAGAAAUCCACAAUGGAACAGUUGGUGGAAAAAGCGUGUUUCAGAGAUUAUCAGCGCUUAGGUUUGGGAACCAUAAGUGGCAACUCCUCCCGUUCAAAACCAGAGUAUUUCCGAAUCACUGCCUCCAACCGGCUGUAUUCACUAUGCAGGAGCUAUCCUGGCCUUUUAGUCAUACCUCAAGCUGUACAAGACAGCAGUUUACCAAGAGUAGCCCGCUGCUAUCGACACAACCGUCUACCCGUCGUGUGCUGGAAGAACUCAAGAAGUGGUACUCUGCUCCUCCGAUCCGGGGGAUUCCAUGGCAAGGGAGUUGUUGGUCUUUUCAAAUCACAGAACUCCCCUCAAGCUGUUUCUACCUCCUCUUUAGAAUCUUCCAGUAGCAUAGAGCAAGAAAAGUACUUGCAAGCCUUACUGACUGCAGUUACCGUCCAUCAGAAACUCAGAGGCAACAAUACCCUUACUGUCAGACCAGCACUUGCUCUGUCCCCAGGGACUGAAAGGAGGACUUCAAGAAUGUCCACUGUGCUUAAGCAGGUAGUGCCAGGACAUUUGGAUGUAAACCCAUCCAAUAGCUUUGCUCGAGGAGGCGUAUGGGCAAGUCUUCGUUCCAGCACGCGUUUGAUCAGCUCUCCAACAUCCUUCAUCGAUGUUGGUGCCAGGCUGGCAGGCAAGGAUCACUCAGCCUCCUUCAGCAACAGCACCUACCUACAAAACCAGCUCUUAAAACGACAAGCUGCCCUUUAUAUAUUUGGCGAAAAGUCACAACUAAGGAGCUUCAAGGUAGAAUUUGCUUUAAACUGUGAGUUUGUUCCUGUUGAAUUCCAUGAAAUUCGACAAGUGAAAGCCAGUUUUAAGAAGCUGAUGAGGGCUUGUAUCCCGAGCACCAUUCCUACAGACUCGGAAGUGACGUUCCUGAAGGCCCUGGGAGAUUCUGAGUGGUUCCCACAGCUUCACAGGAUAAUGCAGCUGGCUGUGGUUGUAUCAGAAGUACUUGAGAAUGGGUCUUCCGUUUUGGUGUGUCUAGAAGAAGGCUGGGACAUCACUACACAAGUGACAUCCCUGGUGCAGUUACUCAGCGAUCCCUUCUAUAGGACAAUCGAAGGCUUCCGGAUGUUGAUUGAAAAAGAAUGGCUCUCUUUUGGUCAUAAAUUCAGCCAGCGCAGCAGCUUGGCCCUUAACUCUCAGGGCAGUGGUUUUGCUCCCAUCUUCUUGCAAUUCUUAGACUGUGUGCACCAGGUUCACAUCCAGUAUCCAACUGAGUUUGAAUUCAAUCUCUAUUACCUAAAGUUCUUGGCUUUCCAUUAUGUGUCUAAUCGCUUUAAAACAUUUCUUCUGGAUUCAGACUAUGAAAGAUUAGAGCAUGGAACUUUAUUUGAUGAUAAAGGUGACAAACAUGCCAAGAAAGGAGUUUGUAUUUGGGAGUGUAUUGACAAAAUGCACAAGCGGAGUCCCGUUUUCUUCAAUUACUUAUACUCACCAGUGGAAAUAGAGGCCCUGAAGCCUAAUGUAAGUGUCUCCAGCCUCAAGAAGUGGGAUUACUACACAGAGGAGACUCUGUCUGCAGGUCCUUCAUACGACUGGAUGAUGCUGACCCCCAAGCAUUUUCCUCCCGAAGAGUUGGAUAUGGCUGGAGGAGCUGGGCCCCAGAGUCAAAGGAGAACAGUGUGGCCAUGCUAUGAUGACAUCAGCUGCAGCCAGCCAGAUGCCCUCACCAGACUUUUCAGUGAAAUUGAAAAAUUGGAGCAUAAAUUGAACCAAACUCCUGAGAAAUGGCACCAGCUAUGGGAAAAAGUAACCAUGGACCUUAAGGAAGAGCCAAGAACAGAUCAUUCCCAAAGACACUCACUGGGGUCCCCAGGACUCAUGUCUACCAACGUGCCUUCCUAUCAGAAGAGGCCUGUGCUGCACCCCCUGGACCGCAGCACUGGCGAGGAUCAAAAUGCCACCAUCGCCCCAUCCAAUGGUGUAGAGCACAGGGCAGCCACGCUUUACAGCCAGUACACAUCCAAGAAUGAUGAGAACAGAUCCUUUGAAGGAACACUGUACAAAAGAGGAGCAUUGCUGAAGGGUUGGAAACCCCGUUGGUUUGUUUUAGAUGUAACAAAACAUCAGCUGCGAUACUAUGAUUCGGGGGAAGACACAAGCUGUAAAGGCCACAUUGAUCUGGCUGAAGUAGAAAUGGUUAUCCCUGCUGGCCCCAGCAUGGGAGCCCCAAAGUAUACAAGUGACAAGGCUUUCUUUGAUCUCAAGACCAGCAAGCGUGUGUAUAACUUCUGUGCUCAGGACGGACAGAGUGCCCAGCAAUGGAUGGACAGGAUCCAGAGCUGCAUCUCUGAUGCCUGAUGCCCAUGGCUGGCCAAGCACAAAAGGUAGAGGAGCUCAUCUGCCAGACAGGAGCGGACGGUGGUCAUCCCAGGACUGAGGUUCUGCUUACCCUGUCUCUUCUUGAAGCAAUUGCCUUGUCACACAGGUCUGGUAGGCACCCAGGCCCCUCACAGCCUCAUCCCAGCUGCGGAUCAGAGGAAGCUCCGAAACCAGCUGCCAUCAUCUCCUAGGCAAGGUAGCUACUGCCUGAGUCCUCGUAGAGGUCCUUUUUGUUCUCCAAGGUCAUAAUUUCCUUCCAGAACUUUUGACAACAAAAAUCCAAAGCCUCCAAAGGUCAUAGAAUGUCCUGCAUAUGUUUUCCAUCUGACACACCUACUUUUAUGCUUAACCUUUGAAAUACUCACCUCCCUGGUGCUGCCAAAAGGUGCUUUCAUGGUCCCUGCCCUGCCAUGGAGCUUCACUGCAGGGGACAUCACCACUCAAUGACAGGCUAAGAAGGAGUGCACAGGAUUCUGAUGGGAAAAGCAACAGUGGGCCUGGGCCAGUGCAGAAAACACUGCAUCAAACCGCUGGUCUCCGAGGACCCUGUGCCUGUGUCCUGUGUCCUCUCCUAUUCCUUGACAGCUUUCUGUGAAGUGACAAGCAGCAGCAUGUAUGACCCACAGAACAUGGGAGCAAGUUGGAGACUGAGGCCAGCUGCUCACCAGCACGCACCCGGGACAAAGCUACAUAACCAGCCAGCACUGCUCUGAGAAGUAAGAACUGCUCUUACACUCUCUCAGUUACAAUAACCUUGUCCUUUAGCUUAAAACUCAAGGAUGCGGUUCACCUCUGUGAGCCUGAGCAGCCGCUGCAGCCGCUGGGUCUCUGAUGGCUUGAUGGAUGUGUUUGUUUUGAAAUGUUAAUAUGUUAAAUACCAAACUAAUAUUUCAAAAUAUGUAUAUAUGAUUUCUAUAUGCUGAUUUUUCAGAUAGCCUGCUUAUAAUUUAAUAGAAAAAUAGCUAAACUGAUUCAUAAGAUUUUAGAAAUAAAAGAUUGUUUCCUUUUUAAAGAAUAAAAACUACUUUGUAGAUUAAAAAUAAGUCAGAUUUUCAAAUUAAAAAUUAUCAACACACUAGAAAAUAGAACUGUAUUAAUAUAUAAGAAAUUGGGAAAUAAAAAUGAAGGAAUUUUUAUCAUAUUCAUUUUAUAAAUUUGCCACCUGUGAAAACAGUUUUUGCACAUUAUUUGUAUUUUUCUUUGUAUAUGAAAUAAUUUUUUGUACUUUGUAAACUAUGGAGUCCAUUGUACUUUCAGCUCUUUGAGACUGUGCGCACUACUGCUUUUGUAACUGGAUUCUCUUAACUUUCAUGAAGGCAUUACAGGCCCGAAGUUCACUAACCACCCGGAAUUAAAUUUAUUUCUUAA